AUGACUUACAACAAUACUCAUAGAUUCUUUUUGCGAACUAUGGCAAAUCGUGGAGUGCUAUCCAUGAAAGAAUCUGUUAAAGUGUUAAAGGAGUUUACUGGACCAAAUGAAAGUGUACAACCUUCAACCGUUUCAAAUUUGGUUGAAGAAAUUAAUAAGGAACUCAGAUCAUUUGGACAAAGAAUAACUAUAGUAAAAGAUAAAAAUACUGAAAGUCGAGAGGAAACAUUAAUUUUUAUAAUGAUGGUUGCUGAUAAAGCCACAAAGGCCCAAAAGAUAUUUACUGAAAAGGAUUUGAAUUAUUUUAGAAAACUUAUAGAGGAAAUAAUUCAAACAGAAAGCAGAGAAAUAGAUUAUAUUACAGCACUUAACUUGAGAACAUUACUUACUAAAAAAGAGGCUGAGGUUUUGCUGGAGAGAUGGUCUAAAAUGCAUUAUCUAAAAAAAAUUACAACUCAAGCAAAAGGUACAAGAAAAGAAAGUACAAGUAUAAGUAUUAAAUUUACACUGGGUCUUAGAGGAAUACAUGAAUUUGAUACAUAUUUUACUGAUAAUCUGAACAGUUUUGUAGAAAAAUGCCAACAAUGCAAGGAAAUUGUGAUUAUGGGUUGUAACUGUACUACGUGUGGCAAAGCAUUGCACAAACCAUGCUUAGAUAUACAUAUGGAGAACCAACAUGACAACACUCGGAGUUCCCCGACGUUAAAUUCUGAUGAUACCUUAAUGGAGGAUUUGCAAGAUAACAGCAGUAUAAGUACUGAUAAGGAAGCGGAAUUAUUGAACAGUGACGAUGGUCUCGAAACUCAGGAACCAGUUUCAAAGAAGAGAAGGAUGAUUAUUUCUCUAUCUGAUAGUGAUGAGUAU